GUUCUUCUGAGUUUAUAGCGGAGUUACAUAUAAAAAAAUGAUGGCGGAAGAGAAAGAUACGACGGGAGUGCCAUGAUCCCGUGAACCCGAACAAGGGGACACUCCGGGACAACCGAAAGUAUAAAGUGGAAUGGAAAAAUUCUUACUCUGAACCACCAAUUCCAGCCCUCAACACACCUUUAGACAGCAUCACUGACCAAAAGGAUGGAGAAGAAGAGCGAUUUUAGAUGUGUUGAAUGUUCUUUUCCAAUCAAGAGUCUCUACAUCCAGUAUUCUCCCGGAAACAUCCGCCUCAUGAAAUGUGGGAAUUGCAAAAAGGUGGCUGAUGAAUAUAUUGAGUGUGAAGUCAUGAUUAUUCUAAUUGAUUUGAUUCUGCACAAGCCUAAGGCAUAUAGACAUUUGUUCUACAAUAUGUUCACCAGAGAUAUUCUGGAUUUUGAGUGUUUAAUGUGGAAACUACUAUUGGGUUUUUUAAUGUUGGAUUCUUACAGAAUAUGGGUGUUAAAUGUGAAUGACUCGGAAAGCAUUUCGUUAAUGAGCUUUGCUGCAGUAUUGCGGUUUUCUGGAAAGGUCUUGAUUGAUGUUGUUUUGGGAAAUUUCUUGUUUAUGUCUGUGGUACUCAUCGGUUCUGCAAAGUUUCUGAUGAAUACUUCAGUUGGAGUUCUGGAGUGCAAAGAUACAGUCCUUACUAUGCUUGUUUCCAGUUACUUCAAGAUAUUUCUUAUUGCCAUGAUGGUAUGGGAAUUUCCUUCUUCCAUGAUCAUCAUGAUUGAUAUGUUUGUUCUGUCAUCAAAUACAGUUGCUUUAAAAGUGAUUGCCAACUCAGCUACCAUUAGAUGCUUUGGGGUCUGCUUCGCUGCGCAUGCUGUGAAGUUUUUUGUCAGUGAAUGGCUCAGAAAACUGCAUUUGAGCUAAUUACAUUCUUAUUGGGACUCUGUUCCAUCUGAACAUUUGGAUCCUUAUUAGAUUUGAAACCAACCGAGAGCAUCCUGCGCUGGCUCGCUGAACACAAGCUCUGCAAUCUGAUUUGAACACAUCAAUGCCUCGGAUUGUUGACCGCAGUCGUACCUAGCAGUGCUGGCUUGCAUGCGUUGCUGGUCACGAGGACAUUAUCUGGAGACACUACAAUUUGGUCCCCUCAUAAUCUGCUUCGCUAUAGACGUGGUUUUGAUGGAUGGUAAACAAAAGCCUCAUUAGGAUGACACUCUUCGAAGUUUUCUGCAGUGGGUUGUAAAAUUCCUACCUAUCAGACAGCACUCAUUUGAACUAAGCACUCGACUUUCAUCAGUCAAAUGUGAGUCAUCAAAAUUGGGAUGCUUUUGUGGAUGUGCACCACUGGAAGCAAACAAAAUUGAAACUUUCAUGUUACUGUAUUUCAUCCAGUUUUGAUUUUGGUCACUUUUGUGAAAUGCAAGUUGAUAUUCAUUUUCCCA